GGGGCUCCGGGUGCAGUUGUCCUCUGUGCCCGGUGUGCGGUCUAGCCUCGGUUAUUGUUCCAUGUGGCCUCGGUGGGUGGACGGACGGACGGUCCAUCCUGCUGCCUGUUGUUCAGCCGCUCCGCCAAUGAGAGCCGGGCUGCCGCUCAGCCCCGGUCCAAUGAGAGCAGCAGGGUCUGGGCUCGGAUCGAGAGUUGGGUUGUUCAAUCUGUGAGAGGAGGACAACAACCAGCUCUGAGUGUACCGGAUGGAUGGAUGUUGGCGAUGAGUGUUUCUGUCGGUGACAGUGGUGAUGGUGGACAUGGGUGAUCAAGCCGAACGUUGCCGUUGAGUUCUCUGCAGAUGUUGUGAUGUAUUGUCUCAAACCUGAUAAAGCAAACUGCUUUCAUAAAUGAGUUGCUGCUUGGUUACAGGACGUGUGUCCUAUCACUGAGGCCACAUGUGUAUGGGGAGAGAUGGAUCGCUGUAAGCACGUGGGACGCCUUCGUCUGGGCCACGACCAUUCCAUCCUCAAUCCACAAAAAUGGCACUGUGUGGACUGCAGCACCACCGAUUCGGUGUGGGCCUGCCUCAAGUGCUCCCAUGUGGCCUGUGGACGUUUCAUGGAGGAGCACUCACUCAAACACUUUCAGGAGUCACACCACCCACUGGCUAUGGAGGUGCGUGAGCUGGAUGUCUUCUGUUUUGCCUGUGGAGACUAUGUACUCAAUGAUAACGCAGAGGGAGACCUCAAACUCCUCAGAGGGGCGCUCUCUACUGUUCGCAGCCCAGGUAGACGCUCACUACGCUCCUCGACUGGGGGGGACUGCGCUCCCUGGGUUGGGGAAGGUGGGCCACAGCCUGCCAUGCAGCUGGCCUUGCGUCACAGGAGGAAAGCACUUCUUGGGAAGAUGCUUCGGACGUGGAUGGGUAAACAUCAGGAGCUGCAGACUGAGCGUAAAGAGAAACUUGAGGAAGCUAGAAGACAAAAGAAAGAGGUUAAAAGGAGACUAAUGGAAGAGCUUGGCAACGUCCCUCCCAGAAAGAGUGCUAGGCUUCUCACUCAGGCGCCACGUUCAACCAUCACACUCAUUCCUCGCAAAUUUCGCGACCCUCCAGAACGCCUACCUCCUCCUCCACCUCCUCCCAAGAAGCCUUCCCUUCUAACCCUGUCCCGUAAGGCUCCUCAGAAUGGCAGAGCUGCCAAACUGAGGAGGUACUACUCCACACACGCGGUAACCCGCCGGAGACUGGCUCCAGGUGUCACUGGUCUGCGCAAUUUGGGGAACACGUGCUACAUGAACUCUAUAUUGCAAGUGCUGAGCCACCUGCAGAAAUUCAGGGAGUGUUUUCUCACUUUGGACCUGUGUGAGACUGAGGAGCUGCUGGCCAAGACCAAUCACUCCCAGGGGGUGAAGGGUGUGACAGGAGGUGUAGUCAGCAGUGGGAACACAGCACUGUCAGGAUGCCCUCUUGGACGCAUGGGGAAGGCGGGCAGUUGGAAUUUGCCCAUGGGUAAAAAAGAAAGUGCCCCGCCUGCCCCACAGGCUUCAGAGUUGGUCCAGCCCAAGGAGCCUCGCUGCUCCACCCGCCAGCAGAUGUCUCUUUGCCAUGAGUUACAUACACUUUUCAGGGUCAUGUGGUCAGGCCGGUGGUCUUUAGUGUCUCCAUUCGCCAUGCUGCACUCCGUGUGGAACCUCAUCCCAGCUUUUCGUGGGUACGACCAGCAGGACGCCCAGGAGUUCUUGUGUGAGCUGCUGGACAAGGUGCAGCAGGAGCUGGACACAGAGGGGUCCAAACGCAGGAUAGUUAUCCCCAUCACAAAGAGGAAACUGUCCAAGCAAGUGCUAAAGGUUCUCAACACCAUAUUUCAUGGGCAGCUACUCAGCCAGGUGACGUGUCUGUCCUGUAAGCACAAGUCUAACACAGUUGAGCCGUUCUGGGAUUUGUCUUUGGAGUUUCCAGAGCGAUACCACAGCAUAGAAAAAGGCUCAGGCUCCACAGCUUACCAGCGCAGCUGCACCCUCACUGAGAUGCUGUCCAAGUUUACGGAAAUGGAGGCUCUCGAAGGCAGCAUUUACGCCUGCAACCACUGCAACAAAAGAAGACGGAAAUCAUCCCACAAACCCUUAGUUCUGUCAGAGGCACGUAAGCAGCUUCAGAUCUACCGUUUACCUCAGGUUCUACGGCUGCACCUCAAACGCUUCAGAUGGUCGGGGCGGAACCAUAGGGAGAAAAUCGGCGUCCAUGUGGCCUUUGACCAGAUUCUGAACAUCAAACCAUACUGCUGCACAGGCUCAGGUCACUCUGUCCACAGAGGAGGCUACACCUACGAUCUGUCUGCUGUUGUUAUGCAUCAUGGUAAAGGCUUUGGCUCAGGGCACUACACCGCAUACUGCUACAAUACAGAAGGAGGUUUCUGGGUCCACUGUAAUGACUCUGAGAUGAAGGUUUGCAGCGUGGAGGAAGUGUGCAACACUCAGGCCUAUAUUCUCUUCUAUACCCAGAGGUCUGCCUAGGUACCUCUCGCUGUGAUGUCGACCUGUAUGUGGCAACUAACGGCUGCAUUUAUGAAAACGUUCUCUAAUGUUUUCCCAGAUGUCAUUAAAACAAUCAGUUUGAAAUGAUUUACUAAAAAAAGAUGGCAACGGGGGCAGUAGGACAGCCACAAUCAUGAGUCGAGGUGAAAAUUUUAGCAGCAUAAUCCAGAUGAGAGGGACGAUAAUGAAGGUACACACACUGUAAUGUUGCCAAGGUAAAUUUAAAGAAAAUAAUUUUGAUUAAAGUGUUGUGACGGAUGGAUUUGGAUUAUGUUUGAUUUCACAAAAAGAAAAACCUUUUCAUAAAUGACGCCACGGGUUUCUCAGCCUGUGGGACCAGCAUAUCGGUUAAUGGCCUGAAGACUGUGGGAGCAGGUCCGCCUCCGUCCUGCUGAACACCAAGAUGUGUGUCCGUGUUUUUAAAAACAAUCAGGCUCAUGUCUGUUGAGUCUGGAACCAACCAGGCGCUCUCCUGAAACAGCAUUUUACAUUCAAAGGCGACACGGAGUCUGGAUUUUAGAGCACUUUUAUCACAUUAAUGUUGUUAAUGUGCAUCUUAUAUAUGACUGUACAUCUGAUUGGCAGUGCACUGCAUAUUAUAAGAGGUACAUCUUCCAACAUCAUUGUGUAGUUCCACUUGAAUGAAAUGAAUCCAGCGACUGAAGUCCAGACUCUGUGUCGCCUCCUGUUCAGCUUUUUUGAUUAUUGUGAAAUGUCAGUUACGGAAACUUUUAAUACUCAUCCCUGUGUCGUUUGUACGUCAUCAUGUCCUCUCCUCAACUGUACUGCUGUGACUGGAUACUGUGUCUUAGGCUCGAGGCUCGGGGCAUCCGGCCUGCGCUCUCAGUGAACAGGAAUAGUUUUUGUUUUAAUUUCUUUUGUAGUCAUUCUAUGUUUCACUUUCACGAAAACACUUGAUCGACGAUGAGUGACGGAAAGCUGCACUUUUGAGGAGGGGCUAAUAUUGUUGGUCCUAUCUGUGUGAUUGUUCAUCUUUUAGCUCCUGUAUCUUGUUUAAAUGGCAGCUCCCCCUGUGGUGUAACGGUUAGAGUAGUCUGAGCCCGGGUCGGAGACACUGCGCCUGUGAUUUACUUACAGGAGAUGGAAAGUGAGUGAAAGGGCAGACUGCGAUACAGAAGAAUGUGUUGGGGUACCCAUUUUGAGUUGAGCACCUGAAAGCAAUAUAUUGUACAUCUUGCAUCUUGACAGGAAAUUGAGAUAAAAUCAGGAAUUCUUCUGCUUGUUAUACAACGUUUUUUUCUACUCUGCUGUUUCUAUCAAGGUCUUUAGAAUUUGCUAGGUAAUCAAGAAAAACUUGUGUUUGAUACGAGUCGAACGCAAGAUACAUUUGUGAACUCUAUGUAAAAGUUGGAACAAUCUAAUGACGAUGAAUGUCUUACUUUUUAGUGGUCAGGUGUGGCCAUGCCACCAGCUCUGAUCCCCUUGAGUUCUGUCUUGUACUGUAAGAAUACCUGUCAUAAAUGUAAUGGUCAUAUGGGUUUUGCCUGACGGUAAUUAUUAAAAAGACAAAACAAAUUUGAAA